AUGAAUAAGGACAUGGACUUGAUGAAACCAUACUUUCCCGCAGUGUUAAAAGGUUGCGAAUCUGUGUCAGAUAAAUUUUUCAGCUGCCUAAACGAAAACUUACAACCUUAUGGAAAUGAGCAAUCAGCCAGUGAAGGAAUCAAUCGAUGCCAACCCUUAAAAUUAAAUUAUGAAAAGUGCAUGGAGGAGAAGUUGAAAAAGGUGAAGAAAAAUUCCCUCAUGUUUUUGACAUCCUACAAAGGGAAUAAUGAAUAG